UUAUUGGUCACAUUCAUCCCAGUCUCUCGGUUUUCACAUCGCUGUCCACUCAGAAGCUGUUCCCUUCAGAAGGCUCUAUCCGUAAUGGGUGAAGAGGAAAACAGGUUUUCCCAUGACUUCCUGCAGGUUGGAGGCUAUGCAGACUCUUCUGCAAGUGUACGCAGAAGGGCUGGCGAUGUAGAAUCAGAGGAACUUUUGGAUAUUCGUCUACCACAAGAAGGGUUUCCAUCCCCAGCGGAUGGGGAGGAAGCCCUGUUUCAGGACAUUGAAGAGGACCUUGCAGGUUACAUAGACGUUUCGGUCGAUGUAGGAAUUGUCAGAAGGAAUGGUGUUGAUAUAUUAGACUUCAUACAAACCAUUCUAGCUGACGGAACUGGGCGUGGUGUGGCCAAAAAGACGAAAGGCAACUAUACAGCUUACAUCUACCCACCACUUCCCAAUGUUUACAUCUGGGAUCUGCCUGCUGUUGGAAAUCCCGGAGAUGAGUAUUUAAAAACACUACAAGUGGACAAUUACGAAUUUUUCCUUAUACUGUGUGACACAGAGUUUAGAGAGACGGAGAUGUGGUUAGCAAAGGAGUUUGCCAAACGGAAGAAGGGCUUCUUCUUUGUUCGCACGAAAAUUAAUGGAAUAUUUGAAGAUCCAUCAAGCUCAGAAAACAUGUCCAAAAUACGAAGGGCAUUAGUUGAAACAAUUGACCCCAUAUUUUGUAAAUAUCCCCGAUUUGUUAUAGCGAACCACGGGCUGUUCUCCCUUGACAUUCAGGAACUGAAGUCAAAGUUUCGCCAAGCCGUAGUAGGGCUGAAAAGAUUUCAACCUUUGAUUUAUCAAACCAAUAGUUUACAGAAAGAUAUGCAGUCUCUGUGUGAGGAAUGGAGGUCUGCAAAGAUCAAUAUAGCUGUAGUUGGGGAGUCAGGCACUGGAAAGUCCUCGUUUGUUAAUGCAGUACGAAAUCUGAAAGCGGGUGAUAAAGGGGCGGCUAGGGUUGGUGUAAAGGAGACCACGGUUGAAACCAUCCCCUAUCCCCACCCAGAUAAUGAAAAUGUCAUAUUCUGGGAUCUACCUGGUGUUGGUACAUUAAAUUUUCCUCGCAAAGACUAUCUCCAAGCUAUUGAAGUGGAUAGGUACGACUGCUUCAUUAUCAUAUCAUCCAUGCGAUUCACGGUGGACGCAAAGUGGUUGUCCGAACAGGUUGAACAGAGAAAGAAACCCCAUUUCGUUGUUCGCACGAAAUUUGACGAGGCAAUAAAGGACAAAGACUACAAAGAAGUUAAAGAGAAAAUCACUGAGGACAUAAAAAAGAACAUUAAUGUUUCAGACAGUCGGAUUUAUGUGAUUUCUAACGUUGACAGGCAUCUGCAUGACUUCCCACGUUUAUUGGAGGACAUAAUCCUAGAAAUACCAUCGGUGAAGAAACAAUCACUGCUGUUGACCCUUUCUGGCUAUUCUGAAAAACUCAUUCAGAUGAAAAAGGAUGCUUUGAAGCCAAGAUUGUUGAAAGUGGCUACAAUGUCGGGGUCGGUUGGAGCAAUACCCAUACCAGGAAUAGACACUGCUGUGGAUCUGGGAAUUCUCGUGGGUGAGGCAAGGUUCUACCGAGAAACGUUUGGGCUCAGCGAAGGACGACUGAGGCAGCUAGCAGAACAGCAUGAAAUAAAUGUGGAACGUUUCAACGAGGCUAUGUCGAAAACCCGCACAUUGACAUUAACGAAGACUGGCAUAAAGACUGCUCUCGAGGCUAGUCGUAUCGGAUUAUCACUUGCCACAAAGACAACGCUCACUUCGGUGUUAGAAGUUGUCGUUCCUGUAGUUGGAUCCGUGGUCAGUGGGGGCAUCUCCUUUGCAAUGAUGUAUGGCUUUCUGAGAAAAAUGCUAAACGACUAUGCUUCAGACGCCACCUCGGUUCAUGCAUUGUGUGCGAAGAAAGUAGCAGAUAACGCCACAAAAUCCACAUAAGCCGAAUAUGUCAUGUUUUAUUAAGUGAAUGCUCUGUCGAAAAAUUUCUCACCAUUUAUUCUUCCUUCUAUAACCAAAGCUUCCGUUUGUUUUUAGAAUAUACAUCCCAAGGAUGGGAUGUAUUUUCAUCCCAAGGAAUUGUCCAGACUUAAUUUCAUACCACCUAUGGCAUAUAUAAAGACUCAUAAUAUGUUUAUACAUAUGUAUAUCACUAGAACAUUGUGGGAGGGGGGGGGGACGUCACUCGUUGUGAAAGUU